UACCUCCCUCUCUCAUAUUCUUCUUCUCCACACAACAUACCUCCCUCCCUCUACCUCUCUCAUAUGCUAUUCCCGUUCAUAGAAGUCGUGUUUCAUGUUGAGAGACGAAGUCGCCCGAAGAAGAGGACCGGGUUAUUGAAGAUGCAGCACAAUUGUUGAUUUUGGGCGAUUAGCGAGUGUGUUUCGGAUCUGGUCUUGCAAUAUGAAGGUUAUCGCUAAACGGAGAAGGUUGGAGGCCGGAAAAGCGGGAGAAGAUGUUGUGAUUAAAACCGCCUGUUACCCAAAGGAUUUCAAAUUAACUUGUGAAGCCCUAUCAAGUAGUAAGAGAAAUGCUGUGGUGCAAAUGGGAUUCGGCCCAUUAAUGGAGAUGGGAUGCAUAAAACUGAACCGGGACUUAUGGUCAAAUGGUUGUCGACAACUUGGAUGUGCAACAGGGGAGAUGCUCUAUUCAGAUUCAGGGGAGAUAUUUGUCCAUAAAUGCCACUGUAUUCGAACGUGUGAUGGGGGUUAGGAACACCGGGACACGAGUUGAGUUGGGGUGUGUCGAUAGUUGAUGACAUGAAGGAGCUGGGAAGGAAGUUGUGUGGUGGGAAUGAAGAUAUAAGUAUAGACAGUAUGAAACAAAUCAUUGUUGCAAGGGAGGAGGCGGAUGAUGUUUUCAAAAGUUUCUUUGUAAUGUAUACUCUAGUUGUACUGUUGUGCCCCAGCACCCCUUACACGGUUGACAUGAGGUUCCUUGUUGCAUUGAGUGACGCCUCAUCCAUUGGUAGCAAGAAUUGGGCAUCAUUGUGUUUCAGACAUCUAUUAGAUGGUGUUGUUGCCUAUAAGAAUAACCGGACUGGUUACAUGAGUGGAUGCAUGGUGUUUUUACAAUUAUUUUAUUUUGAUUGCAGUUGGAUAUAGCUCGUCUAUUGUUUGUAAAUCAGUUCUCCCAGUUGUUGCAUGGACGUCAAAAAAGUGUAAGCAAAUGACAGAAUGGGUAAUUGGAGAAGGGGGCUUCCACUCCACAUUUGUUAAUGUUGGCAAUAUUGUAGCCGCUGAAUUUGGUGGAAGUGAAGCAGCAGCGGUUUUUUCCAAUUCUGUUGAUGUGACUGUGUCGGAUGAUAUGUUGAGGGCCAUGCAUGAAAUAGAUAGUCUUCAAAACGAGGUUGAUAGGUUAAAUUCAGUGAUGGAUAUCAUGGAAGCUAACAUGGAUAAGUUUAGCAGCAUGUUCACUGAAAUAGAGAUGAUAUCCCAUGACAUGACCGAAGUUGGCCUACGACGGCGUUUUUUGUAUGCGGUGAGAAAUGUGUUUGGGAGCGGUGUGAAAAGUUCUUUGAAUUUGGAUAACGAUGUGGAAGUGAACCUGAACGACGGUAUAGGU